AUGAAAUCCAAUAUCGUGGUUGCCAACGACAUUUUUCAUUAUAGUCUUGGAACGGUCGUGUUGAAAUAUGUAAUCAUAGCGUUGGAGAUGAGAGAGGAAGUCGACAUCGCCAAUCCAGGAGCCCUCGUCGAAAAUAUCACCCAAGAUAAACACCAGAUUCGGUUGGAGAAGGGCAAGCGCAGUCUGGAACGCUUGUCGUAUUUGCCAAUCUCUGUUCAAGAGAAGGAUGGAGAGGUUCGGGGAGGAAAUAUAUCCUGCCUAAAGGUCCUGUAA